AUGCACGCCUUCUCCGCCUCUCUCAAAACCGUUCUCCUCUCGCUGCUCUUCGCCACUUUGCUGGUGCUCACCGCCGGAAGCACGGCUUCUUCUGGAGAAGACGUGACCGAGCAAGACGUCGAGCAGAAGAAUGCCAUCACUCCAGAGGAGUUCGUCGCGGUAAGAGCGUUCAGAAUACCAGAACAUGUAAAUAUAUUUGUGUUUCAGUCUGAUUUCUCCGAACAGACCAACUUCUGGCCACCAGUGCACCUCCGCGGAUUACGGUAAGUUCACUUCUUAUUCUUCUUCUUCUUCUUCUUGUUUUCAUUUCAAAGUCUUCAGAUCAUCCAACGGUAAGCCGACUUUCAUCCGAUUUGGCAAGCGUGCAUCGCCAUCGUUCAUCCGUUUCGGAAGAAAGUGA